AUGUUCUCUCUCCCUAAUCAUCAAUCAAAAUUCAUCUACUUUCUCUCUCUUUUUCUCAUCAAAACCCUAAAUGCACAACCAACGUAUCUCCUUAGCUAUUGCUACACAUCAGGAAACUACACGGCAAACAGUUCGUACAAAUACAAUCUAGAUUCUUUAAUAUCCGUUCUUGAUUCUCAAUCAUCCAACAAAGGUUUUUACAGCUACGCCUCCAGUUCUUCCUCAAGCACAACAGUUUAUGGAACUUAUCUAUGUCGAGGAGACAUUUCGUCUUCAAAAUGUGAAACAUGCAUCUCAAGAGCAUCCAAAAACGUUUUUAAAUGGUGUGCUGUCCAAAACGAAGCUAUCAUAUGGUAUGAAGAAUGCUUCCUCAGGUACUCCAACCAUCAGAUUUUCUCGAUUCUUGAUCAAGGGCCAUUUGUUACAUGGACGACUUAUGAUACCAUGUUGUACCAAUCUUAUUUCAUUAAUACCGUGGAAUAUAGUAUAGACCGGCUGAUACAAGAAGCCUAUUCGCGUUCUUCAUAUUUUGCAGAAGAAACUUAUCAUGUGAGUUGUCUUGGAGAAGUUUACGACCUAAUAGGAUUGGUAUACUGCACACCCGAUCUAAAUCAGUAUGAUUGCUAUAGGUGCUUGAAAUCAGCGUAUAAUGAGACUGAAGGUUGUUGUUAUGGAAAACGUUUUGCGUUGGUUUAUACCACCAACUGCAUGUUGACAUAUAAAGCCACUUUGUUAGCCCCACCACCACCUCCUCCUCCACCUCCGCCAGGACCACCACCACCUCCUCCACAACGUUUUUACCACGAAAAUGAAAAUCCUAGCUCCGAGGAAUCAUUUUUCGUUUAAAUUAAAAGGUGAGAACGAUAAUAUAAUUAUUCGCUAGGUAAAGUAUUUCGAAGAAUCAUAGCUCCGGUGAUAGCUGCGGUUGUAGUGAUCUUGGUGAUAUGUGUGUGUUCUCUUUGUUGUUGUUGCAUUAAAAAGAAAAAGAAGGCAAACGAAAGAGAAACAUCGAUAGAAAUUUCGACGCUUAACAUUGGUGAGAAUCUCACGGUUGAUCACCAAUAG